AAUAUACUAUUUUACUUUAUUUUCUUAUAAAGUACAGUUUCGAGUAUAUUUUUUACAUAGGAUAUUUUUUUAUUCUGAUCUGCGACGGCACAUCCUCAUUUUGCACAUGUGCUUUGUGAUAGUAUACCGUAUAUGAUAAUAAAUGCCUGCUCUGAUAGGUCAAUACAUUGUGAGAUAAAAUGUCAGUCGGGUCAACCGUUUUAAAAGCAAGUUAUUGCUGUUAUUAUUAUUUUUUACUUCUUUGUCUUCUACUCUUAUGUUUCAAUAAGUUUAUAGAUUUUGAAAAUAUGUAAUUUGGUAAGCAUUCUAUGAUAUUUAUGAGUACGAUAUUAUUCUAGUAAAAAUACGUGAGAUACUAGCAUGUGUAUAGAUUAAGGAGUGAAAAAGAAAAAGAAAAAGUGAACGGAAAAAGUGAAGUUUUUCUUAUUAGGAAAAAGCAAAAAUUAUUUUAAUGGGUGUAUCUUAUUAGUAAAAUAUGAUAAAUUAAAAUUUUUGUAAUGUGAUUUGGAAGUAUUUGUGUCAGUAAUUUCACUUAACAAGAAUUUUAUGAAAUUUUUGUUUUUAAUAGAUAUAUAAAAGGUUUUAGUUAUUGAAACUUAGAAUAUGUCUCUCUGACUUUUUUUUGUGUUCUUCUUUUGUACAAAAGAUUUUAUUUCCAUUUUCUUGAGACUUUGAAAAUUUAAUGUUGGGUUGUAUUCAUGAUCUUUCUAUUCUAUGGUAAUUGUAAGCAAUUUUUUCAAGAACAAUAUUGAUGCACUUUUAUCUUUAGAUAAUAUAUAGAAUGUUGAUUUCUAUUAUGAUUUUUCUAAUCAAAUGUUAGUGGAAAGGUCAAAAUUUACUUUUAUUACUAAGGUGAAAUAUGAGAACUUAACUUUAUUUUGUUCAAAUUAUAAAGUAUUAGUUAUGAUCUAACUUUAUGAUUUAUAUAACAUUAUUGUUUUAAGGUAGUUGGUACAAUGGAAUUUAUGCUUUAGUUUUUUAUGGUGUAAUUUAUUGUGGUAUAACCAAUUGUUAGAGGUUAAUAAUGAUAAUAUUUGUGUUAUAAAUCAUAUGUCUUGUUUUAAUAGUGGCAUAUUAAUAAAAUUUGUUUUCUUUGAUUAUAUGUCUUGUUUUAAGGAUGUUACUCCCAUCCAUUAUAAAUAGUUUGUAAGAUUUUAACCAAUUAGAUUUAAACAAUUUUUAAUCUUUGGUAUUUACUUUCUCCACCCUCUCAAUCACGAAACCUAUCAAAUAUGUGAAAUACUAAACUAUUUUUUACUUUUUUAUUUUAACUUUAAUUUUUCAUUGUUGUAUCUUCAUGUUGCAUCUUCUUCCAAGUCUUGUCCAUUUAAUGUGGUUAGUAUGAAAGAUUUGGAAAAGAGAUUUUGUGUCUCUUGAAUACUGAUAAGAUUUUGAGAUGAGUGUUAGUGAGUAGCGAAUAAGAGUGAAAAGCGGUUAAAUGAGAUGCUUAGGGUUUCGCGGAGGAGAGAAAGAGAGCUUUGGGCUUUGAUAGAAAGGGAAUAGCUUGAUUGACACACAUAAGAUUUUGGCAAAUAGGAGAGAGAUAGAGGGUUUCGGCUUUAGAGAUCCAAGACAACUUCUAGAGAUGGGCUUACUACUUAGACACACCUAAUGCAUGGAUGCAUUUGUUUGAUAGAGGAUUUAUCUUAGAUGAUGCAACAGUAUGACGUCCUUGUGGACUAUAUGUCCUAGACGAUUGACUCUCUAAAACACUAUAUGAACACACUAAACAUCAAGAAUCAAAAUUCAUUCAAAAUUUCUCAUACCAAUAAGGUUAUUAGACGGUUAAGUCUAUCUUCAAGUAAUGGUUUAAUGAAGAUGUCAGUAAGCUGAUCUUCUAUAUUUACAUGUUGUAAAUCCAUGGUACCCUUGUUAAAAUGAUCACGUAUGAAGUGAUGCUUGACCUCAAUAUGCUUAGCGCGUGAAUGUAAUGUAGGAUUCUUAGAUAAACCAAUUGCAACAUUAUUAUCACAAUAGAUAGGAAUCGUACCUUGAAUAUGAUUUUAGUCUUCUAGAUGAUUCCUGAUCCACAAGAGUUGAGAACAAUAAUGUGCAUCAUAUAUAUACUCAGCUUCAACAGUUGAUAGUAGAAUUGUGUUUUGCUUCUUGCUCAACCACCAUAGUAUGUUUCUUUUAAUGAAGUGGCAGCCUCCAUUUGUACUUUUCUGUCCAACCACGAUACGAGGUUUUGUUGAAACAUUUUUCCAUUGCGCAAAAAGUCAACAAACUAGAUUCCACACUAAUGUAAAGUAAAGUAAAGUCCUAUUAUUAUUUACUAAUUAUUAUCUAAAUUAGGUGGAAACAUUUAAUGAAAGAAAUGAAAUUUUAAAAGGAAAAGAAAACAAGCUAAAAUCUGUUUAAAGGAAGAAAUAAAAUGAAAUGAAAUAAAAGAAAAUAAAAUAAAAAUCUAAACUACCUAAAACAGAAACAUAACCUAAUUACUAUAACUAGUAUGAUCUAAAGAUGUACAAGACACUAAACAUGCAUGAUACAAUCUAAAAAACACUUAAGUGCUAACCGGAUUAAUCAAAUAGUGAAAGAAUCUUUAAAACAAAAAUAUGAGCAUAAGGAAAACUUGAUUUUAAAAGAACACAUUCAUAGGAGAUCUACCUAAACUAAAAUUAACCUACAAAUCAUUCAACAAAUGUAAAGAAAUUAACGAAGGAGGCUAAAGACAUACACAAAACUGAAUUCAUAGGUAAAUGCACAUUGAAUUGGAUGAAAAAAAUGCUAAGAGUGCUUAGGAAUAUGUCCUGUUGAGUUUGAAACCCACGUUGGGGUGUUCUUGUUCAAUUUUCAGAACUUGUAUUGACUCUUUCCACUUAUUCAUUCAAUCAAUGUUCAUAAACCUAUUGAUCAAACAACAUUACUCUCACAUUAAACUAAAAUCAACAUUAAUGAAACUAAACAUCUUAAUCCUAAUAUGUUAGAUUUAAGAACACCAAUUAAUGCAAACCAAAAUGAACAAAACAACAUCUAACUCCUACACAUUGCAAUCAAAAUGAAAAUAUUAUUUGACUACUCUCAACUAGAUCAAUAGGAACUAUCUAAAUACAACUAGUACACUCUAAACUAAGGAAACUAAAACUUAAUCUUUACAAAUUGCUCCCCUUUUUCCCUUUCUUUCUUUUUUUAACCUUGUCUUGUAUUUUGUCUUAUUUUUCAUUAAUAAUUCCAAGCUCUUCUUCUAAGGAAGCAAGAUAGUUUUUCCUUUCAACGCUUUCUUUUUCUUUUUCGUAGGGUUUCUUACUUUUGCCAAAUUUUAGUGAUUUUAUUUCUUUGGCCAUAUAUUUUAAACUUGGUUGGGUCUCUUCAAUAGAAUUAUUGCCAAUUUCAUAAGAAGGAUUCAUAGACAUUCUUAAAGUUUUCAAAAAAAGAUGCUAUGCAUAAACACAUUACUUAGUGUUUCAGAGGGAGUUCCUUAAGAGACUUAAUGAUGCAAAAAAUACUCAAGUUCACUUCCAAGAAAGGGAGGUUUAUCACAAUGGAUUCCUUAAGAACCAAGUCUUUUGUAGCCAAGGUUUCCCGCAAGUUCUCUUGAACCAAACUUCUCAAAGGGAAAAAACUUAAAAUAAAAGUAGACAGGCAUUAAGCUAUAAUAAUUAAGGAAAGCAGGUAAACUAAGCUAUGUGACCAAAGGGUUAGGUUAGAAGGAACUUUGGAUCCCUCAAACUUACCAACUAAGAGAUUAAAAUUACUAUGUUUUUAUAGGUUCUCGUUAGGACAUGAGAUUGAGCACCAAAGAUUCCCUCAAGACACCUAAAAAGAUUGAAUUAUAAGUCAAAGAAAUACACACAAACUUGUUCUUCCUUCCAAGUGUUUCUCUCACUUUCUUCUUAGCUACCACUCAACACUUUCAAGCUCCCACAAGGUCUCUACCACCUAGGAUGCUACCUCAAGAUAUUGGUUUUCCUUAAAGAGAACCUAGACCACAAGGAAAACACCAAAAACCGAGAAAGAGAACCAUGGAAAAAGCAAGAAAAUAUCUUAAAACAAUAAAGGGAUUUUUAAAAGGAGUUUGUGUAUGAGAAAACCCAGAAAACCAAAGAAGACAAAUGAGAAAUUAAAUGGUAAGAAAAGAAGGUUAAGCACUCAAAAAGAUUACCUAAGGAAAUGUACUAGAGUAAAUGGACAAAACCAAAAAUUACUAUAAUAGAAAUUAAUGCUUAUUGUCUUUGGCAAGCUUUGUGAAAAUGGGACACUAAAGCCACUCUUUUAACACCAAAUUCCAAGAGUGUGAGUUGUUGGGCAGUGCCCAAAAUUCACAAAACAGAGAGCAAAAGUACUGUUACCAAUAAGGAGUAUUGGUAAAUCUUGAAGAAAUUUGUUUUGAUGAUGCUACAAGAAGUUUUAGUUGCAGAAGAUAUUAGAAUUAGUUAAAAGCAAUUUGUAGAAAUUAAAUGUAGUAGGAAAUUCUUGUAAACCUUGUAAACUUGCAUUUUUAACUGCAAUAAUCGAUUAUGAUUAAGCAAUAAUCGAUUAUCACAAGUCUUACUUGAAUAAUCGAUUAUCACUUCAUAUAAUCGAUUAUCACAUUUUUGAAAACCUGUAACGGACUUGAAUAAUCGAUUAUCACUUACAAUAAUCUAUUAUUCAUGGCAGUUGGGAGCUGAUCUUUGGCACUCAGUGUACUUGGCUAUAUAUUUUGUUUUGGAGAAAUUAAAAAAAAACGUUGUUGAACAGAAGCUCUUGCAGAAUACUGUUUGUCAGAGGAAGUUCUCAGAAGCUAUAGUUCAAGUUCCCUUGCUUGGUCUCGUGAACAGGAGAGGCUCGUGUGUUGUGUGUCGAUAGUCGGAGCAAGCUCUCUUCGAGUUAGCAAGGUGCUUUGCCUGGUCUCGUGAAUAGGAGAAGCUCGCGUUUCGUUUGUCGAUAGUCGGAGCGGUUCUCUUCGAGUUGGCAGAGUGUUCUUCUUCCGGUUCGUUCGUCGAAGGAAGGUUUAUUUAUCUGCUUUAUUCACUAUUUGUUGUAAUUUGUGAAACCAUUUUUAGUGAAAAAGGUUAAUCACUAUUUAUAGUGAUUAACGACUGGACGUAGAAUCUUUUGAUUCGAACCAGGAUAAAAAUUAUGUGUUGAUCUUCUUAUUCCCUACACUCAUUUUAUUGUACGUACAUCAACUGUUUGAUUAAUUUUCUGAAAGAAAAUUAUCUUUACUAAAACGGACCAUUAAACUUGAUUUGUGACCGUAACACGCUUUCUAAGUAUUUUAUUCCGCUGCGCGACUCUAUAACGGUACCGAUUGUUCCAACAAUUGGUAUCAGAGCUUGCUUUGAUAGUUUUUCAAAAUUUGCGAAAAUGGCUGGUCACAAUCAAAACCAUGUAUAUGCUGAGGGUGCUUCCAUUAACAGACCUCCAUUGUUUACUGGUGAUAACUAUGCUUUUUGGAAAGUGAGAAUGGAGAUUUUUAUGGGGUCUGUUGAUAGAGGUAUCUGGGAAGCCGUACAAAAUGGUCCUUACAUUCCUAAAAGUACAGUUGAUGGUGUAGAAAUAGAAAAAUCAUAUUUUGACUGGACUGUUGAGGAAAAUAGAAGAGCCCAAUUUGAUAUUAAGGCUCGAAAUAUAAUUUUAUCUGCACUAACCAUUGAUGAUUUUUUCAAAGUAUCUGUUUAUAAAAGUGCUCAGGAAAUGUGGAAAUUUUUAAGAGUCACUCAUGAUGAAGUAUCGAAUGUGGCUAAGUUGACUUGUUCGAAUUCAUGCUCUACAUCAAACUCCUCAAGCUCAAGCGAUUCUAGUAAGCAAGAAAAUUUAUGCUUGAUGGCCAACGUUAAAUCAUCUGACAGCCAAAUCUUGAAGGAAAAGAAGGACUAUCAAGGUUCCUCUUCAAGUUUCAAAUGUUAUGGAUGUGGUGAAAGAGGCCAUGUGAAAGCUUAUUGUUCAAGCAACAAAAGAAGUAAAGAAAGAAAAGAAAAGAAAAUUCACAAGAAGAAGAAGGUUCACAUUGCUUGGGAGGAUAAUGCAUCAACCACCUCUAGUUCAAGUGAUUCUGUUGAAGAAGCCAACUUGUGUUUGACGGUUAAUAUUAAUGACACUACAAGCCAAGUUAAGUUCUCAAAAGGAGAGGAGAGAUCCAUGGUAUUAUGCUUUCGGAAAUAAUGAUCUAAGAGCAGGAAGUGAAUCCAUCAAAUGGCAUUCAAAGCCUUGGUUCGAACUCCAUGUGAUUGAGCUAAGUGUUGUUUGAAUUGUGUUAUUGCACUUUGUUCUGGUUAUCUUUCUAAUUUUCCAUUAUUUGAUUACUGUUAUAUUCAUUUAAAUGAGUUGGUUGAUAGAUUUUCAUUGGCAUUUUUAGAUAAUUAAGUUAUUUGAUGAUUGAAUUGGCAUUUCCGUUUCAAAGAUGUUUUCUGUGGAGAUCUAUUUAUAUGCAUGCCAUAUGAGCUAUGAUUUGCUCCGCAUAAAGCUUGAUUACAAAUUGUGAAAAUCACUGUAGAAUAGUCUUUAAAAGCAGUUGUCAAAACUGCAUUUCCUUGUUUGAGUCAAUUUUCCAGUUUUAAAUUCUGGUUUGCCAAUAUUUCAUGGAUAAAAUCCAUUGAACCAAGAUAAACAAUGUUAUUGAAUUAAAUCUGAUUACUGCAUAUUGAUGUUUUAAUUUUUAUAUAUGUUGUUUUAUAUGCAGAGUUGAAUUCAUUGGGUUGAACAGAUUGGGAUAUGAGAGUGCAUGAAUCAUAGCUGUUGUUUUGAAAGUUGUAAAUUGUGUUGUCAAAGUUAGUUUUUUGAACUGAUUGUGCUAGCUGAAAUGCUUUCAUAUCAAACCUGUAGCAGCUGUGAUAAUUUCCAUUUAAGCUACUGUUGCAUUCAUUUUAGUUUAUAAAUUGGUUGCUUAAUCAUUGAUAUCUUAAUUGUUUGAAAAGUGGUUGUUGAUUUCGUGGGUUAAUUGAGUAUGCUAAAAGUUAAAUUUGAAUUGCAUAUUUAAGGGGGUAUCUUUACUUUAUGAACUUAGAAGAGAGGUUGGAGUGUUAGACAUAUCUUAGAAUCAAAAUCUAUGCAAAUUUUUGCAUUUUUCGUAAACUUAACGCUUCAUAAUCGAUUAUCAUCAAGUCAUAAUCGAUUAUUCAUGCAUCAAAUUCAAUUCUGGAAAAUCUUGAGCAGAUAAUCGAUUAUCAUUAUGCAUAAUCGAUUAUCAUGCAAUUCUGGGCAGAAUUAUUGAACUGAUAAUCGAUUAUCACGAGCCAUAAUCGAUUAUCGCGCUGACAGUUUCAAAAAUAGAGCCGUUGGAGCAUCCCAUAACAGCUAUAAACGACCAUAAACAUCUAAGUUUGAUUGUUAUGUUAUUUUCUUUAUGGUAUUUAGUUUCUUAAUCUUUAUGAAUUUCAUGUACUUCCUUUCUGUUCUUAAUAUAAUGAGCUUUUAUUUUUUGCAUAUAUUCCAUUUUUGAGGGGGAGCUCAUAUUAAGGGGGAGGUUAUUACAUUAUUCUUUUUGCUUAUGAUCAAAAAGGGGGAGAAAAAUAAUACAAGGGGAGAAGUAUAAAUUAUUACAGGUAUUGCUAACCUUGUUGUUGUUUGUUAGCUUGUAUGUUUUGCAGGUAAGCCAAACUUGCUUUUAAAAUUGAAUUUUUGAUCAUCAUCAAAAAGGGGGAGAUUGUUACCAAUAAGGAGUAUUGGUAAAUCUUGAAGAAAUUUGUUUUGAUGAUGCUACAAGAAGUUUUAGUUGCAGAAGAUAUUAGAAUUAGUUAAAAGCAAUUUGUAGAAAUUAAAUGUAGUAGGAAAUUCUUGUAAACCUUGUAAACUUGCAUUUUUAACUGCAAUAAUCGAUUAUGAUUAAGCAAUAAUCGAUUAUCACAAGUCUUACUUGAAUAAUCGAUUAUCACUUCAUAUAAUCGAUUAUCACAUUUUUGAAAACCUGUAACGGACUUGAAUAAUCGAUUAUCACUUACAAUAAUCUAUUAUUCAUGGCAGUUGGGAGCUGAUCUUUGGCACUCAGUGUACUUGGCUAUAUAUUUUGUUUUGGAGAAAUUAAAAAAAAAACGUUGUUGAACAGAAGCUCUUGCAGAAUACUGUUUGUCAGAGGAAGUUCUCAGAAGCUAUAGUUCAAGUUCUCUUGCUUGGUCUCGUGAACAGGAGAGGCUCGUGUGUCGUGUGUCGAUAGUCGGAGCAAGCUCUCUUCGAGUUAGCAAGGUGCUUUGCCUGGUCUCGUGAAUAGGAGAAGCUCGCGUUUCGUUUGUCGAUAGUCGGAGCGGUUCUCUUCGAGUUGGCAGAGUGUUCUUCUUCCGGUUCGUUCGUCGAAGGAAGGUUUAUUUAUCUGCUUUAUUCACUAUUUGUUGUAAUUUGUGAAACCAUUUUUAGUGAAAAAGGUUAAUCACUAUUUAUAGUGAUUAACGACUGGACGUAGAAUCUUUUGAUUCGAACCAGGAUAAAAAUUAUGUGUUGAUCUUCUUAUUCCCUACACUCAUUUUAUUGU